CGCCAGUGUCGCGCGGUCGGGAAUGGCCCUGACCCGUCUUGCGCGUUGAUUGGCCACCUAGACCCUCCCCUCCAAACGUCUUGCAUUGCGAGACUGUUGGUAUACCACCGCACACCAAAGCUCUCCUAGCGAGCUGACCCAUUGUUUCUUGUUCAGCCUUGGUCGUCAUAUGCAAGAGUCUCCUCUCCGUACUCGACCUCGAGGCCUGAGAAUCUAAGAGGAGGAUUGCAGACGUGCCUCAGGUCGCACAGAGACCGGCAGUCGGGCAUCACAACAUUGGCGAGCCACACCCAAGCACUCCCAUUCGGUCGUGUAGAAGACACGCACUCACCACGGCCCCGAGUCUGGCCAUCUCCCUCGCUCCUCCACAGCCAUGGAAAUGGACUACGAACAAACGUACGGCUCGCAAGGCCAGCACCAAUCCAGCCUCGACGAUGCCUCCAUGCACACCAUCACCCCUUCCUCCAUGCAGCAGCAGCACCAACAGCAGCAUCAAGCGGCGUAUGAUCAGCGACCACAAACCUCCUACUCAGACACCGGCUUCUCCAGACCCUACCCACAAUCCGAGAGCGGCGGCGCCACCCCAGAUCAAUAUCAGCAAGGGAACGGGCUGAGUCGACCACCUUCCACCCAGAGUCAGAGCCAGUACAGCCAAGAUGCGCAACGACAGCAGGCCCCAAAGAAUUCGAGCGUCGUGAUAAAAGUCGGGAUGGUCGGAGAUGCGCAGAUUGGCAAGACGAGCCUGAUGGUGAAGUACGUCGAGGGCAGUUGGGACGAAGACUACAUUCAGACUCUUGGCGUCAACUUCAUGGAGAAGACAAUCUCCAUCCGCAACACCGAAAUCACCUUCAGCAUCUGGGACUUGGGCGGGCAGCGCGAAUUCGUCAACAUGCUUCCCCUCGUCUGCAACGACGCCGUCGCCAUCCUCUUCAUGUUCGACUUGACCCGCAAAUCCACCCUCAACAGCAUAAAAGAAUGGUACCGACAAGGCCGCGGCUUCAACAAGACCGCCAUCCCUUUCCUCGUCGGCACCAAGUAUGACCACUUCGUCAAUUUCCCGCGCGAAGAGCAGGAGGAGAUCAGCCAGCAGGCGAAACGAUUCGCCAAGGCCAUGAAGGCGAGUUUGAUCUUCAGCAGUACGAGCCAUAGCAUCAAUGUGCAGAAGAUCUUCAAAAUUGUGCUCUCGAAAGCCUUCGACCUGCGAUGCACAAUCCCUGAGAUUGAGCACGUCGGCGAGCCCCUUUUGCUCUAUCAGGCGGUAUGAGAAAAGCGGCGUGCCAGAUUGAGCAACUAUGGGCGAAGAGGAGACGAUUCAUGGCGUGUACGCUAAACACGGAAAUGUUCUUUGCACUGCAGAGGUCUUCGGCGCAAUGGGGGAGGCGGGCGAGCAUGGCUCUGGUAUUUAGCGA